AUGUCGCUAGUGCAGCCCCCACAAAAUCCGCCGGCGCUGCAACAGUACGUCGGCUCACAGCAGCGCGCCGCUGCCCCUCCACCUUCUUCCGCGUCCGCCGCGACGCCGCCAGCGUCGUCGCGCCGACCGACCGCCCGCACCGACCACAAUGCUUCGCUGCCCAACUCGCCGCAGCAGACACAGCACAACUCGGCCAUGAAUUCUCCACGCGGCCAGUCUAGCACGAGCGCGUCGUCACCGUCCGGUGCGAUGAACUCGUCGACUUAUACACAGUUCUACCCCGAUGCGGCCGCUGCAACGACUCUCCCCAUCCGCGCAUCGUCCUCACACCAAUCAUCGACAUUCGAGACUCCUGCCGCUUCGUAUGACACGCGUGGCUAUAAUUCCCGAUCACAGCCUACACAGACGCCGACCCAGGCAGGAUAUGGCAGCGGGAGUGACGGCGAGCGGCGGCAAGGGCAUCAGUCACCAAGGGAGGAUCAGCCGGGUAGCGGACGCAGCCAGCGCAGUCGCAACACACCUUCAUCUAGCAGAUCUGCCACAGCUAUCGGACAGCCGCCCAUGGGAACGGAUCUGCCGCGCGAAAACAGCGCUGUGAUCAAUCGAAUUGUCGUGGACGACCCGCAGGCCGAUUUGGCACGAGAAGAAGCACGCAAAGCUGAAGUGCGCUCAGGGGCGAGUACACAGCCUGCUGAGCCCGCCCCGGUUCAGCGUAGCCGUCAGGAGCAUCUCAAGCACGCGUCUUCGCAGAACCGCAAGGAAGUCAAGUUUGGCGACUACAUACUCGGACAGACUAUUGGCGAAGGCGAGUUCGGCAAGGUCAAGAUGGGCUGGAAACGGGAUUCCACCGUACAGGUGGCYAUCAAGCUGAUCAAGAAGGAGACGCUGGCGGGAAACACGGCGCGCCUGCCCAAGAUCUACCGCGAGAUUCACAUUCUCCGUGAGCUAAACCACCCUAACAUUGUCCGACUGCACGAAUUUGUCGAGACUGAGCGUCACAUGGGCAUCAUUCUCGAGUACGCCUCGGGAGGCGAGCUAUUCGACUACAUCCUCAACCACCGCUAUCUGAAGGACCCCGCAGCGAGACGACUGUUUGCGCAACUAGUCUCCGGCGUUGGAUACCUCCACAAGAAGGGCAUUGUGCAUCGCGAUCUCAAGCUGGAGAAUCUGCUGCUCGACAGGAAUAAGCACAUCAUCAUCACAGAUUUCGGCUUUGCCAACACUUUCAACCCUGCGGAUGAGCUGGGAGACGAGGUCGAGAAUCGCAUAUCAGACAAAGAUUUCAUCAAGCGACAAGGGCUGGACAAAAUAAUACCAUGGCGAGAUGGGAGAGAGGGCGGUCACCGCCGUGGUGAUCUCAUGCAAACCUCGUGUGGGAGUCCGUGUUAUGCAGCUCCCGAGCUUGUCGUCAGCGAUGGGCUGUACACCGGCCGCAAGGUAGACGUGUGGAGCUGCGGAGUCAUCUUGUAUGCCAUGCUGGCCGGAUAUCUACCUUUCGACGACGACCCUGCGAACCCAGAGGGUGACAACAUUAAUCUUUUGUACAAGUACAUCGUCAGCACGCCGCUCACGUUUCCCGAAUACGUUACACCGCACGCGAGAGAUCUCCUCAGGCGGAUACUGGUCCCAGAUCCAAGAAGAAGAGCCGAUCUCUUCGAGGUUGCCCGGCACAGCUGGCUGAGCGAGUACACCAACGUUGUUGGUUUCAUUGGAAGUCGUGUCAAGAGUGAUAACAACAACACCAUUCAGGACGGGGAAGAGACGCCACUCGGACGAAGCUCUUCCGUCCGGGAGCCGACCAGCAGAGGCCCURCUGAUCGAUCAUCUGUGGCAGUGUCAAAACAUGCUGGCACCGCGAGUGUCGGUGGAGAUGACGCCAGCGAUAUUCGCAAGCAGCAAAGAGAUGCAAAGAGACGGACUGUGCAGGUUGAGUAUGUCGCACCUAACAUGACCACCUCCCGCCACGAAGCUACUCCGGAUACCAGUGCACGAAAGCCAGUGCCCGCAAGCGCUUCUUCGGCGACGAAGACAAGGGCAAGGACCGAAGCACAGGGGCCGGUGGAGGUCACUCCAGGCCGCGGACAGGAUGGAUCUAUGCUGCCGCCGUCGAGGCAACAACAGCGUGCUGUUUCUGACUCGACAAACAUGUUUGGGACUUCUUCCGGGUCCAACGCAUCAAGACCAAAUACCAGUGGGGCUUUAGGUGCCGCAUCUCGUUUGCCAUCACGCGGCAACUCGUACAGUCAGCCUUCCGCYGCUCAGCCAACCACUACCACUGCCCAGGGUCGGAUCUCACAGCCAAAGUCAGGACCUGGAUAUAUCAUUUCUGGCGGCCCGGUCUCCUCUGAGACUGGUGCUAUAGAUCCCGUAAACAGGCCAGUCAGCGAACAGGCGCGUACCGGCGGUCAGUUUUCUGUACCGCAAACACCACAGCAACAAGGCAAGCCGUCUGGCCAUAAACGCAGCAGCACCCUGGGUAGCCUCGCGGAUAAGGUAAUGAAUCGAAGCAAUUCAAGACGUGUCUCACAGCAACAGCAACAGCAAGACGCGGCACAAGCYACCAGUGAAAGGAAAAAUCGGAAAUACCCGCCCGUCAGCAUGAAGAAUGCCAUGCCAAACGCCGAAGUCGAACAGCCACCGCGUCCGUCUACCGACAGCCGCCGCCCCAGCUUUGGUUUCAACCGGAAGGCUUCCAAGGAACGGGAGCCCAGCMUCUCGGGCAAGCGAGGCUCCAGACGCUUUUCAUGGCUGCCAGGCAGUUUGAGCAUGGGCAACUUUGCAUCAAAAAGGGAACAAGGCUAUGAUUCGGCAGGUGACGAUGGAUACCGACCGCCAGGGACGCAGCAGUCACAGCAGUCGCAUCAAUCUCGAUCUGGGCGACCAGCAAGCAAUGGCAUGAUAUUUGGCAGGAAACAGUCCGGGAGCCCACUAGGAACUAGUAACAGCACCAUUCCUCUCUACCAGGAAGAAGAUCGGGAACGGCAGAAGAACCGGCCCGCCACGUCUCAGAUGCGAUAUGACAAGGAGCUGCCGCGGUCCCCUGAUGGGUUCGCCGGACCGACAGCUUUUCCUUCGCCGCCUCCAGUGCAGCGAAAACAGUUCCGGGACGAUGGAUACGGAAACAACCUCAUCCGCGACGAUCCAGUGGAGAGAUUCUACACGCCGAGCCAAGAACCCCAGCCCGACCAAUACGUGAUUGGUGGUAAUGGGGACUGGGAGCACUAUGAGCCGGUUCAGCCUCAAAGGAGGGACCAAAGCCUCCGUCCCCACAAACGCAUGGGAGAUGCGUACGACCACGGGACCGGGGGGAGUUCAAGUGCAACGCGAAGAGUAAUGGACUUCUUCCGCAGAAGAGGGAAGGAACGGGAGAUGUGA